GUUCGUUAGAGCUUCAACAACAACGGAAAUCCUAUUCCAGUCCAUUCCUGUCCUCAAAAAGUUCCGAGUUUUUCUUACCAUCAGUUAUACCGUCAAAGGAACAACAUCACACAUCUAGAAAUCACAAUGUCGGGCCUCACACAAAAAACAGCAGCCGUGGCCCGGCGCGUGGUAACUACCACCACCACCACCUCCUCCUUCUCCUCCUCCUCCUCCACAACUACCCUCUCCCGCGCCGCCUUCACCACCACGGCCCGUCAUCAAAAAUCCACCGUCGAGGCGGCCAAGGAGACCCUCAAGACUGUGGACCGCAAGGUCUCCGAUAAGUUGGUAGACGGCAUCAACAUUGGCACGGAAUACGCCAACAAGAUGAAAGAAGCCGCGUCCGACAUCAAGCAGGGCAAGGUCACGGGCAAGGCGGCCGAGCUGCGCGGCGAGGUGGCGGGCCAGGCCAAGGACAAGGCGAGCUCGCUCGCCGGCGAGGCCAAGGGGGUGGCGGGCGAGGCCAAGGGCAAGGCGCGCGGGGUCAAGGAGGAAGUGGAAGGGAAGGCGCGGGAGGUGAAGGGGGAGGUUAAGGAGAAGCUGUCUUAGGAAGAAGAAGAAGAAGAAGAAGAAGAGAGAGUUACCGUGAUGGAAGGUGGUUGGUUUCGUUUCUUCUCUGCUUCUUCUCUCUUUAUGUUUUUGCCCAUGGCUUGGAGGGUUCAAUGGCAAGGAAAAGACGUUGGUGGGGUGCCGUGGGGUGUCGAGAUAAGUAAUGGGGUCCUCGCGGAAUUUUGCUGCUCAAGUCUGGAUCGAACACGACUUGAGAUAUGGACGACGUCCGGAUCACAAAGCAAUGUGUGGUACACAAGUCGCCUUCUGUCAUCGGCAAGCACUAGGAAAAUGGGGGGGAGAGGACGGAGAAAGUGGCGAGACGAAAUGUAAUAAUGCAUUGUAUGUACCGACGCCACGACCCCCCCGGCCUCGUAAGCUCCCCGUCCUCCUUCCUCCAUCUAAGGACGGAGGCGCGGACAGGCCGGGGCCGGGGCAGAACAUUUGGUCAAAAAUGCGAUAACGAACUGCCGCUGCAGCUGCUCAAGCGACGCCGGCGGACUCGAUUUGGCUGCGUUCAACAGCCGAGUUUGAGGCCCCAUGUUUGCUCUACCGCUCGGAAUACAGAGCUGGAUCAAGGAUGGAUCUCGCCUUGUGCUCCACCACGC